AUGGAGUCUUCUCCACUCGAUGCUCCAACGGAGCCAAACACUCAACAGCCCGUCGAAUUCUCUCCAGCAGACAGAAUAAAACAGCUGAACCAGAUUGAUAAGGAAAUAACCUCAUUGCUCACAACUGCAUCGGCUGCCAUAACCACGCUCUCAUCCCCAAAGCCAUCUCAAUCUACCUUCAGAACACAGUCGGCACAGUAUCACACUUCAGUGCACUCGAUAAUAUCAGCUCUGAAGCGUCAGAUAUAUGCCUUAGAACAAGCAGAUAUUCCACUACCCGCCGUUCUCACUUCGCCAGCCGGUUCUGCACCUCCAGCGGCAGGCAGUGGCUCUGCAAGUGGCCUUGACAUUGGUGCUUUAAGUGGAAGAUCUGACUCUGUUGGGAGAAAGAUGGAUCAGGAGCUAUGGAAGAAGGCUCGCGAGAUGGUGGAGGCCAAGAAGCUCGAAGAAGGAGAGAAACUCGACCUCAGAAUUGAUGUCGAGAUUAGGGAUACUGUUUAG